UUCCAGACAAGCUGUCUCAAGGGUGUCCAGUGGGUGGGAUCACCGAUUUCCAAAUGACGAGGAGAAAACACGUGGUACCGUACCACCUGGGUACCGAACCAAGAGCAGCCUCCUCCCAAUCCGUAGCAAACAGAAAACUCAGCAACAAGCAAACACGGAACACGCAAAGGGCCAAAACGGAACCGGUAUAUUGGCGAAAUUAAAAUCAAAGUUCUUCACAACAGCGAUAUGGAUUUCUUAAAACACUUUCAGUAUUUUGGCGUCGUCUUCGCGACUUCACUGGUAGUAGCAACCGCAGGCCAACAAUUCAACCACGACAAACUUCACUGGUCGUCCACCAACUUUAAAACCCUGCUGACCUGGGAGCCUGAGGCCGGCGACCCGUCCUACGACGUCGAAUACGCUGAGCAUGACAAGGAUUGGCUGUCUGCACCUAAUUGUCUAGACAUCAGAGAGACGGAGUGUGAUCUGACCAACGUCCUUGAUCCAGAGAAAUCCUACGCUGCCAGAUUGAAGAAAACAAUAUCCACUGAUUGGUGGGGCACUUCUGACUACUUCACCCCCUAUAAACAAAGUUUGAUCACAGCUGUGUCCUUCAGCCUCGACGCCCGCGUGGCAGACGGCUGUGCGACCCUCACCAUCACAGACCCCCUGACCGCCCUCUACAAGAACGGCAGUCUGCUCACCAUCAGAGACGUGUUCCAGAAUCAACUCAACUACAGGGUCAGCUACCAGAAGGUCGGAAGCACCAGAAAGAAGGAGACGGACGUGGACAGCAACGUGGCUGUAGUGGACGGUCUGGAGCCCAACGAGGGCUACUGCUUCAGCGUGGCGGCCAAGGUCCUCAGCAGAGCAGAUCUGGGGGCCUGGAGCCAGCAGCAGUGCUCCAAGGCCCACGGGCCCUUCCUUCAAGAAACCACCACAGAGAGUGGAGCAGUGGCACCAUCUCCUACUACUGAGGAUGGGGGGAGCUCAAAUGGGCUGAGGGCCGAGGUGGUGGUGGGCCUGUGUCUGCUCCUCCUCCUGCUCCUCGUCAUCAUCAUCACCUCCGUAGUCUGCUGCCGUCGCCGCCGGCAACGCCGCCAACAGAGGACCGCUCAGAUGCUCUGAACCGCUUAGGACCGGUGUCCGUGUGUGUGUGUGUGUGUGUGUGUGUGUGUGUGUGUGUGUGUGUGUGUGUGUGUGUGUGUGUGUGUGUGUGU